AUGGACUAUGCACAAAAGCCAGAGCAACUGGAAUGGAACCUCAUUUUUGUGACAGGAGGUUACUUCCGAGAUGGGUUUGUGUGGUACAGCGUGGACUGGGUGAUGAUUUAUAAUUGCUGGGAUAACAGCUGGCUGGAAGGGCCUGAAAUGAAGAAGUCUCGCAACAGCCAUUGUUCAGCAGGGGCUGGCCUCUACCUGUAUGUGCUUGGAGGGAGCACAGAUGAAGGGAUAAUUUCACAUGUGGAGCGCCUGGCUCUUAGUGAUUCCCAGUGGGAAAGCACAAGCCCCAUGGUUCAGCCUGUGGAGAGAGCAGAUGCAGUCAAUGUAGGGACCCGGAUUUAUGUCGUCUGUGGCCUGGAUGAGAAUGGAGAUGUGUAUGAUGGAGUGCAAAGGUUAGACAUGGAGUCGGACAUUUGGGAUGUCAUCUCAUUCUCCCCACUUCCCAGGUAUGACCUCUGUGUCACAGCUCUAAAUGGUGCUCUGUACACUAUAGGAGGGGCAGCUUUUCGAUUUGACAUGGAAACAGAUGAAUGGACCCAAGUAGAUGAAGAGUCCUUGACCCGGAAGUUCUUCAUGGGGUGUAGCACUGUGAAUGGACAAAUUUAUCUUCUUGGACAGAGAAAGGGGACCAGUGCUAUCCCCAACACAGUGCUCUUUGACCCUUACACUGACACCUGCCAGGUGGUAGAUAAUAAUCUCCCUUGCCCACUUCCUAUUCGUGGCUGUGUCUCUGUACAAAAAAUUGACACAUGGACUUCAGGAAUCCAGGACCCUGGAAGUGGAUCGAACUACUCUAAGUAUUUUAGAGCUUGUAAGGCUUAAUAUUUGUUGUUCAUUGUAAAACUUGUAGGAUUUUAAAAUAACAUUUAUUUCU